GCAAGCCCCACCCCGGAACUGCGGUCGUCGCUGCAGCUGAGGGGUUUUGGCGGCUGUUGUUGAGGCCGUUGCUUGGUAUCUCCUCGCGCAACCAUGAAGUUGAAGGAGACAAAAUCAAGGCCAAAGCCCCCAAGCUAUGGCAAAUUUCAAACAAAGGGAAUCAAAGUUGUGGGAAAAUGGAAGGAGGUGAAAAUUGACCCAAAUGUGUUUGCAGAGGGACAGAUGGAUGAGUUGGUGUGCUUUGAGGAACUGACAGAUUACCGGCUGGUCUCCCCUGCCAAGAAUCCUUCCAGUCUCUUCUCAAAGGAGGAGCCCAAGAAAAGAAAGGCACAAGCUGUUUCAGGAGAGGAGGAAGGAGAGAGUAGCUCCUCAAAGAAGAAGAUGAAAUUGAAAAAGAGUAAAGAUGUGGAAACUGAAGGCACCAGUGCCCAGAGACAGUUUGAGCUCAAGGACGCUGAGCCAGAGUCCCAGGGAGAUGGCCCAGUUUGUCUCGAGCCAGAGGUAGGGGAGAUGGCAUCAGAAAGACCCACCCAGACUGUUCCAAAAAGGAAGAAAAAGAAAGGGAAAAAAAAAGGUGAGCCUUCCCAGGGUACUACUCCAAAGGUGCCCAAAAAAGCAAAGACGUGGAUUCCUGAAAUGCAUGACCAGAAAGCAGAUGUAUCAGCUUGGAAGGACAUGUUUGUACCCAAACCAGUUCUUCGAGCACUCAGCUUUCUAGGCUUCUCUGCACCGACGCCAAUCCAAGCUCUGACGUUGGCACCUGCUAUCCGUGACAAACUAGACAUCCUUGGAGCUGCUGAGACAGGAAGUGGGAAAACUCUUGCCUUUGCCAUUCCAAUGAUUCAUGCGGUGCUGCAGUGGCAGGCAAAGAAGAAGCCUACCCCAGCUCUCAGCAACACAGGAGCACCACCUGGCGAGACCAAAACUGAGCCUGGAGCUGAGACUGGAUCACCAAGCAAGGCUGGAAUGGAGCCUGGAAUUGAGGGUGAAGCACAGCCCGUUGAGGGUGAGGCAGAGACUGGAGCGCUAUCCAGCAAGGCCAGAGCCAAGACUGGAGCUGGUGAUUCAAACCAGGCGCUCCCCUUCUGUGAUGAUGUUGCUGGUGAAGGGCCUUCUUCACUGGUCAGGGAGAAGCCUCUCUCCCAGCAAGAUGAAGACAAAGAGGAAAAGCUUGUUGAAGAGCUCACUGGAAAGUUAAAGCAAGAGUUGGAUGGCAAAACUGCUAUCUGUAAAGCCCAUCCAAAGCGUCCUCUACUUGGACUGGUUCUGACUCCCACUAGAGAGCUCGCUGUGCAGGUCAAACAACACAUCGAUGCUGUGGCCAAGUUUACAGGAAUUAAAACUGCUAUUUUGGUUGGUGGAAUGUCCACACAGAAACAGCAGAGGAUGCUGAACCGCCAGCCUGAGAUUGUGAUUGCCACUCCAGGCCGGCUGUGGGAGCUAAUUAAAGAAAAGCACCCUCAUUUGAGCUACCUUCGACAGCUCAGGUGCUUGGUGGUCGAUGAGGCUGACCGGAUGGUUGAGAAAGGCCACUUUGCUGAACUGUCACAGCUGCUAGAGAUGCUCAGUGACUCCCAGUACAACCCAAAGAGACAGACACUUGUUUUUUCUGCCACGCUGACACUAGUACAUCAAGCACCUGCUCGAAUCCUUCACAAGAAGCACACUAAGAAAAUUGACAAAACUGCCAAACUUGACCUCCUCGUGCAGAAGAUUGGCAUGAGGGGCAAGCCCAAGGUCAUUGACCUCACAAGAAAUGAAGCCACAGUGGAGACGCUGACAGAGACCAAAAUCCAUUGUGAGACUGAUGAGAAAGACUUAUAUCUGUACUACUUCCUCAUGCAGUACCCAGGCCGCACCUUAGUGUUUGCCAACAGUAUCUCCUGCAUCAAACGCCUCUCUGGGCUCCUCAAAGUCCUGGAUAUCAUGCCACUGACUCUGCAUGCCUGCAUGCACCAGAAGCAGAGGCUCAGAAACCUGGAGCAGUUUGCCCGUCUGGAAGAUUGUGUUCUCCUGGCAACAGACGUGGCAGCUCGGGGCCUGGAUAUUCCCAAGGUCCAGCAUGUCAUCCAUUACCAGGUCCCUCGCACCUCAGAGAUUUAUGUCCACCGGAGUGGUCGGACUGCUCGUGCCACCAGUGAAGGCCUCAGCCUGAUGCUGAUUGGACCUGAGGAUGUAAUCAACUUUAAGAAGAUUUACAAAACCCUCAAGAAAGAUGAAGACAUCCCACUGUUCCCUGUGCAGACAAAGUACAUGGAUGCAGUUAAGGAGCGAAUCUGUUUAGCUCGACAGAUUGAGAAAGCCGAGUAUCGGAACUUCCAGGCUUGUCUGCACAACUCUUGGAUUGAGCAGGCAGCAGCUGCCCUUGAGAUUGAGCUGGAAGAAGAGAUGUAUAAGGGAGGAAAAGCUGACCAGCAAGAAGAACGUCGAAGACAAAAGCAGAUGAAGGUCCUGAAGAAGGAGCUGCGCCAUUUACUUUCCCAACCAUUGUUUAAAGAUGACCAGAAAACCAAGUAUCCAACUCAGUCUGGCAAGCUGCCUGUGCUCGUGGCUGCCCCAAGGAGUGGCGAGUCUGCCUUGAGCUGCCUCUCCAAACAGAAGAAGAAGAAGAAGAAGCCACAAGAGCAGCAGCAGGAACAGCCACAGCCAAGUGCAAGUGCACAGUAAUUGCCCUGCACGUCAGAGUCUGCUGGUGACUGCACAUUGUGGCUGUGUUUAUGUGGAAAAUCUCCCCUUGUCAUUUCCCUCCACUGUUAACCUGCCUAGAAAAAGACCUCAUGCAAAUGUGUGUUUUGGGGAGUAAGAGUUCAGUGCAGCAGCUUAUGUAUUUCUCUUAUUUCAGUGUUCACAGGUUUCUUGUAUGUUCAACUUUAUUUCCUCAAUUAAAAACAAUAGUCAGAA